AUUUUCGUCCGUCGGUGCAUCCCAUUUCGUCACAGAGUACUCCGUAGUUUGUAACGAUGUAAAAGAAGUGCAGUAUACGAAGUAUAAACUAGCUGCUUAUACAUAUACUCUCCCGGAGAAGAAGCCAUGUAAAAAGCUGGGAGUUCUGUUGGCCUAUUUUUCUUUUGAUGGAAUCCUUCUAUCUAACGAAGCUCGUAGUAAAGCCCGCAUUCAUUCCACCAACUUGCUUCUUUACCCUCAUCCCGCCUCCACUCCGCUACGCUGCCUCCUCAGCUCUUGCAUUCAGGGUCUACUCAGCCUCUGCUGGCGGAGUUAUUGUUGCAUCUCCUACGCUUGACCUGCCAUCCGUGACUGUUGACCCUCAAGAUUUUGGGACAGGUGGAGGACGUGCUAGGGCCAGGGGUGGCAAGAAAAUUCAGAGAGCUGAGCUGAGGGAGAACUGGCUGGACGCCCUCUCUUGCCCAUUUCGUCACGGGAAGCCUUCUAUUGACUGGGUAAUUGGAGUCGACCCGGAUGUUUCUGGAGCUCUGGCCAUACUGAAACCAGAUCAUUCUCCUCAAGUAUUUGAUUCUCCUCACUUGAAAGUAACAGUUGGGAAAGGAGUACGAAGGCGGUUAGAUGCGAAGUCCAUUGUUCACUUGAUUCAAAGUUUUGAAGUUCCUAUUGGAACUACUGCAUAUAUUGAGCAAUCAACUCCAUUCCCACAAGAUGGUAAACAGGUUAGCAUUCUCAUCAGCGAUGGGCAUUAAUGCAGGCCCCAAUAAUCAACCUGCACCAUCAGGAAUUCUUCAUGUGAAAUAAUGAUAAUUUGAACACCACUCUUUCUUGCAUAACUUUUGAGAAUAAUCAGUAACUUCCAAUUUUAUUAUGGUUAGAUCUGAUGUAACUUUUAAUUCUCCUCUACGCUUUCUUCCUUCAUGCCACAGUUUGUUUCAAUAUUUUUUUCUUCAUAUGAAGGGUUGGUGGGGUGGAGGAUUUGGGUAUGGAUUAUGGAUUGGAAUCUUAGUAGCUUUGGGAUUUUCUGUUGUUCCUGUACCAUCAGCUUUGUGGAAACGAACUUUUAAACUAGCAGGAGGUGACACAAAUAAG